AGGGUUUUCUCAAUGAAGCCGGGACGCACUAAGGAGUCGGGCCCAGCCAGGUACCAGGGAGUCGGGAGUUGGCCUGCCAACCGCGGUCCCCGCCGCUCCUCCGCGCGGAGAUGAAGUACAUUGUGGGCAUCGGAGGAGUGAGACCAGGGCCCUCCAUUUCUGCACGUUCUGUAGCCGGCCCUGAGGGCACGGUGUAUCUUUCAGCAACAAGUCAAAUUAACAUCAGCAUGACCAACGGCGGCAAGACCACACUGACCAACAGCCUCCUUAAGUCACUGCCCAACUGCUGUGUGAUCCACCAGGAUGACUUCUUCAAGCCCCAAGACCAAAUAGCAGUUGGGGAGGACGGCUUCAAACAGUGGGACGUGCUGGAGUCCCUGGACAUGGAGGCCAUGCUGAGCACCGUGCAGGCCUGGAUGAGCAGCUCCCGGAAGUUCGCCCGUGCCCACGGGGUCAGUGUCCAGCUGGACGCCUCAGACACCCACAUCCUCAUCCUGGAAGGCUUCCUUCUCUACAGCUACAAGCCCCUGGUGGACUUGUAUAGCCGACGGUACUUCCUGACCGUCCCGUACGAAGAGUGCAAGUGGAGGAGAAGUACUCGACGCUACAUGGUCCCCGACCCCCCCGGCCUCUUCGACGGCCACGUGUGGCCUAUGUACCAGAAGUAUAAGCGGGAGAUGGAGGCCAAUAGCGUGGAAGUGGUGUACCUGGACGGCACGAAGUCCCGCGAGGAGCUCUUCCACCAAGUCCUGGAAGACAUUCAGAACUCGCUUCUGAACCGCUCCUAGGUGUGGCUGGAGAGGAGGGGCCCAGCCCCCAAUGCAGGGACCCAGACACAAUUCCGGCCACAGUACGGCCAGGCUGGCAGCAUCCCAGCCAGACACUGCGUGACCAUUUCCCUUUGGGGAAGUCUGUACAUAUGAGAGUGGAGGCCCCACUCACAGCCCAGCAUCUCAGGGCCCGGGCAUUCUGUCCCGAGAUGCUUCUGUAACCUCGAUGGCGGAUUACAUAUUAAACCUGAUCCUGUUUUAUAA